GUUAACAUAUUUAGUCUUUAUACACGUUACCAUAAAUACAGCUUAAGAACUUUACUCGAUUUCAAGUCUUUGGAACUACAUUUCCCAGUUUUGUUUCCCUCAGCUGCUCCGCUUUACGACAUGUCGUAAAACUCCUGUUAACAGCUAAACCGAGAUGGACACCGCCAAAGACGACUGACAGUGUUUUGUCUUUAUCCUUUAAUUGUUAUCUAAAAAUGGUCAUGUAGUGGCGCCAGGUUUCAGCACACUGGGGCCGGUUUUGGUUAAAAUGGAGGCCAUGGAAGACGACAGUCUGGACACAAAAGACGACCAUAACCACAACUAUUGUGCAAGCAGCAGCAGUAGUAAAGUCCGCACGUAUCUGAGGAGCCAGCUCUCGGGUGUAAGUACGGUCGCACAGUCCGCUUGUCCGCCUGUGCCGGGAGCAGAACCUGGGAACAGACGAGGGAAACUGUGGUCCGGUAGCACCGGGUCAAAGUUCAUGGACUCGGAUUCAGGCAGUGAGAGCAGCGAAGUCAGCGAGACUGACUGCACGGCUCCGCCAGCUGCUGUUGAGGGGAAAUUCAGCCUUGAUUCUACUUCCAAGUUCCUUCUUAAUGCAAUGGCUGUAGAGGACUACCGCAAAAACCACUGGCCAAACCUGGAGAAGGCUAUUGACCGUCUGCUGAUUCAAAAUCCUACAGACCACAUCUCUGUCUCUUAUGCACAGAUAUACAGUUAUGUCUACAAGUGUGUGUGUCAGCAGCACUCUGAGCUGCUCUACAACGAUUUGACAUUGAAAAUAACAAAUCAUCUACAACAGGUUUCCACCCAUCUACAAGCCAGCCUACCAGAGGACUUCAUUGAGAACUUUAAUGUUGCGUUGACACAAUACACAGCGUCUCUUCAAUGUAUAGUUCCUGUAUUUAUGUACUUGAACAAGUUCUACAUCGAGUCCAAGCUGAACAGAGACCUAAGAGAAGAUCUGAUGAAGCUGUUUGCCGAUCACGUCGCAGAAAUACACGUGAACACACUGAUGCCUCUCCUCAUCAAAGCCCAUUCCAUGCCGUUUCAAGUGCAGCCAUCUACAAUGGCCAGCGUGGUUAAAGGCCUCCACAGCCUCCGACCAGACUGGGCCCAGUUAGCCCCGGCUCUCUUCUGUGGGUUCAUCCCCCAAAUAAACCCUCCUGCUGUAGAGUCUCUGCUGCCGGACUACGCCGCUCAUGACCAGAAGUUACAGCUGGAGCUCUCCAUGAACGGAUUUCCUCGAGGUGACCAGUCUCGCAAAAGGGCCAGCGAUGACUCCUGAUAGCAGAGCCGCCGUCUCUAGAUUUGUUGCAGAACUUUUACUGUGCCUCCUACAUCUUUUAUCACAAGUUGGCUACAAGGUUGACAAUGUGUCAGUUUCAUCUCUCGACUCAAGGCUACAAAACACUGUGAACCAAAAAAAAAAAACAUGGUGUUGGGUUGUAUGGCAGAAGCUUAAUCUUACUGCACUGAAGAAAAAGCACAUAGACUUCCAUGGUGGUGCUUUCCUCUGUGAUCCUGAUGCAUCCAGCUUCAGUAUUUGUGGGAUGCUGCUGUGUGCGCUGAGAUGGGUGUCUUCAUGUUCUCCUCGUUUGAAGAGUGCCUUCGUGGUGCCUUCUGAUCGGAUAUCCUAACGCUGGAUAAACUGGUGAUGGGUAUUUCAUUCCUAACCUUUAACAUGGAAGUGUCUUUUUGAUAUACUGGGCUAAUCAAACGUUCUAUUGCUGCUAACAAUACUGUCCGUGUGAUAAUACUACAACUCCCUCAGUUUCACCCACUGUGACCGUAACCCAGUGGAUUCACUCAAUACACAAAAGAGUGUGAAGAGACAUAAGAACAAGGGGAAGUCAAGUCAUCGACCCUGAACUAUGGUUCUCUUCUUCAUGAUGCCUUUACUGUGUUGGUAAACCGGAUUGUAUUUUCCUGUUACGCCAAAGAGGAUUUGCAGUUUUCUUUUAUAUAUAUAUAUAUAAAAAGCAUUAAAUUCAUGCUGAGCCACUGAGCCAUAUCAUUUUUUUUAAAAACUAGCACGUUUUGACUUUGGUUGACCAGUUUGUUUGUUAGACUUGAAUCAAAUAUCAAAUUGAGAUGUCACUUGUCUGUUUUAGCCUUGCAUGUAGGAUUGGCAGGGAUUGCCAUGUAGGACAUUACACUGUUUGCCAGACAGCUUACACAACCACAGAGUGGUGUUUGACAUUUUUUUAAUUUCACUUCAGUUUGUUUGACAACUUGCCUAAAUCGUCCCUAAACUGUAAAUAUAUCAAACCUGUUGCUCGGAUGCAUGGAAUUUAUAGAAAUAAUGAUAUGCAAAUAUUGUUUGGCCCGAGUCUGGCGUGCUUGUGCAUUAAAUGUUCCUAACAUGUAUAGCCUGUUCAUGAUGUAAAUAUUUUUUGUGCUUUGCAUAGUAGUCAGUGUAAACUAGCUUCUGUCACACAUGCAUUUGUGUUAAAUGAUUCACUUGAAUGGAAAUAUUUGAUACAAGGUCUUACACUGUUUUAAGUGUAAAUAGAUGCUCAGGCUUGCUUUUGGUUUCCGUCUGUGGGUUUUGGCAAUGGUUCUCAUUGUCUUUCAAAUAAACUAAUUUCAUUAA